AUGAUGUCAUUGUUUAAACAUACUCUACUACGAUCCAUUAGCAAUCUAUCAUCAUGUAAAGAAACUCGAUCAUUUUCAAUAUCAUCCAGUCUAUUUUCACCUACAUCUACUAUUCCACCAUCUAACUCAAUUGAUUUUAUCGAUCCAAAAUUUAGAGAAACAUUAGACGAUUUUGUAAAACAAAAUAAAAUAGCCAUAUUUAUCAAAGGAGAACCUGAAACGUCAUGUUGCGGUUUUUCAAAUGCUAUUAUUCAAAUUUUAAAUUUACACGGUUGUCAGUUCAAAUCAAAAGAUAUUUUGAAUGAUGAAAAACUUCGUCAAAUUUUAAAAAUCUAUAGUAAUUGGCCAACAUUUCCACAAAUCUAUUUUAAUGGUGAAUUUAUUGGUGGUUGCGAUAUUCUAUUGGAUAUGCAUCGAUCAGGCGAACUUAUUCAAGAAUUAAACAAAAUUGGAAUCAAAUCAAAAUUAUUUAACUUAGAUAAAAAUAAUUUAUAA